AUGUCGCAUUUUCCGCAGGCUCCUCCUCCGGGAGCGUAUGUGCCGCCCAACGACCAACAGCCGCAGUACUCGCAGCAACAGCAACAGCAAAUGUCGCCCUCAACUUACCAGCCGAAUGCGAUGAAUCCCACAAACACACCGAACUACGGGUACCAGAAUACAACGCAGAAGCAGAGCUCCACGGCGGCAUUCGGGAAGAUGUUCGACCAGGCCGUUGCAUCCGGGAAGCCGAUGUUUAACAAGUUUGGGAAGACGAUAAGUUCCAAGUUGGGCAAUAAACCAAUGGGUCAAGGCACUCCGCAGCAUCUGCAGAACUAUCAAAACUAUCAAAAUCAUCAGCAGCAGCAGAACCCGCAACAGUCCCAGACAUUCGGCGCCCAAACCCAGCAGCCACAACAGCAGCAAUGGGGUCAGCAGACCCCUCAAAGUACCUAUGGGACCCCUCAGCAAUCGCCGUAUCCAGCGUCAAAUUACGGAACGCCUGCAUCGGCAAACUCGGGCCAGAGCAAUUAUUUUCCCCAGACGAAUCAACCCAUGAAUCAGCAGGUACCGCAGCCGCAAUCGCAGCCGACCGAAUCGGGCUAUAAUCCAACUCAGUAUACGCAAGAGAGUGUUGGAAAUAUACCUGGACAACAAGCGCAAGGAACUGGCUAUGACGGACAAUACAACCAAGCACAAAGUCAACCACAGGGUCAGACACAGGGCCAGGCUCAGUUCCAACAAAAUCCACCCCAGUAUGCCCCAAGUCCCGACCAGCAGAGCGGUGUGGUGGGAACCUCGAUGUCCCCAAUCAGUUCGCCUCCUCCACCUGCAUCCCAGGCAAAUCUACCCCAGAGCUUUGGACAGCCUAGUGUGCCGAACCCGCAGCACCAAUGGAACCCCCAGGCGCCAACUGUGGGAGGUGCAUCAUUCGACGGCACAGUGUCUUCGCCGACCGUAUCCCAAGUGCAAGCCUUUAAUCCUACACCUCCACCUCCACAAUAUGGAGGAACGGGCAGUGCUGCUGUCCAGACUAUUGAUCAUCAGCCACAGCCACAGAUACAGCAACAACAACCUCAAUCCCAACAAUAUCCGCAGCAGCAACCCAAUCAAUCACAUCAGUAUGGACUCCCAAGUUCCAAUCCAGACCAAACGUAUCACCAGGAAACGCAGCAAGCUUUACAACAGCAGCCACCAACCCAAGACCAGCGUCCCCCCGAGCAACAUCAGCAGCCAUGGGAAGCUACACCUCCCGUAGCACCCCAUUCUCAUACUCCCAGUCAGAGUGUGCCUCCAAUGACUCCUCCACCGCAGACUACUGGCCAAUCUCCGGCACCGCCAACGGACAAUGCACAUAAACCUGUGACCGAUCGACCACCCACAGAGUUUGUCGCGGAACUACCUGCUGACCUCGGCAACCUUAGCCUUCUGGAGAACGCAAAACCCCAAUCACCGUCCUACCAAGCCUACCAGCCCCCAUCAUCAAACGGCCGCCAGAGCAGCUCGCCUGCCAACAGAUUCAGUGUCCCCAGGCGAGCGGUUAGCACUAGUAGCUUACCACUGGCAGAUCCAUGGAGGGUAGCCGAUACAGCCACAGAACUGCCAACUCGGGAAUUUUACAUCAUUGCAGACGUUGUCUUCGAUGUCCUAGACAGAAAGUUCGAACCCCAGGGCACGGGUUUGUUGGAGGCGAGCAAGAUCCUGCAAAGCUGGAGGAUGCAAGGGGAAAUCGUCGAUGCUGCAGCUCAACUAUUCGAGUAUAACACGUACAGCGCAUUUUCACGGAUCUGGAGCUUGAGAAACAUUCCGCAUAUACUCGUGCCCUGCCAACCCUCAUUGAUGCCAUCCUUCAAUUUCCAACAGCAGACCCAUUCCCAAGAAAUGGCUGUGCCGUCUGCACUCAAUGGCACCCCAUACCCAACUUACAUGCCCGCCCUCAAUCGAGCAGGGUGGUACAAGUACCUUUUCCAGGAAUCCCUCCUCGAACCGCAGCACCUAGAUAAGUUGUUAACAUCAUUCUGUGCCGAAUCGUACAAGCCAGGUGUACUCAACCAGCCUGAUCUACAACGCUUGGAUCGGAACCAGUCGCCAGCUCUUGUGGCAAGAGCGAGUGCCCUCCGGCAGGCGGUCAAUCAGGUCUGUCAAGAGAUAGCCGCCGAGAUGCACGUCAAACAAGCAGGAAGUGCGUCGCCGCCACCGGCUCCCCAACCACAUGCCACCUUCCAUAAUCCUCAAUAA